CGUACCGUUCUGAUAGAUUCUGGUCCAAGCACGACCGUGCGGCCCAGAUGGCCAUCUAUACCACCAGUCUUCCCACGUUUCGAUCGUUGGUCCCACUAAUUCCACCAGUUCGACAAGUUAGCGAGACGAGAAAGCCCCAGAGUGGAAUCGAUCAUGUCAACGACGCCAACGGCAGCAUCGCGCCGGCUCGUCCUGAUCCUCUGCACCCUCGCUAUCUCCUGCAGCAGCGGCAUCGCCGGAUUCGCCGCCGGCGAUGACGACGCGUUCAUCCGCUGCCUCGCCGCCGCCGCUGUCCCGCCACGGCUGGUCCACACCCCGGGCUCCGCGUCCUACGCCCCGACGCUCGUCUCCUCCAUCCGGAACCUCCGCUUCGUCACGCCGGGGACGCCGAGGCCGCUCGCCAUCGUCGCGGCCGCCGAGGCGGGCCACGCCCAGGCCGCGGUGCGGUGCGGCCGGCGCCACGGGGUCCGCGUCCGCGCGCGCAGCGGCGGGCACGACUACGAGGGCCUCUCCUACCUCUCCCUCGACCGCCGCGAGCGGUUCGCGGUGCUCGACCUCGCCGCGCUCCGCGACGUCCGCGUGGACGCCGAUCGCGCCGAGGCGUGGGUCGGGUCGGGCGCCACGCUCGGCGAGCUCUACUACGCGGUGGGCGCCGCGAGCCGCACUCUCGCGUUCCCGGCCGGUGUCUGCCCGACCGUCGGCGUCGGGGGCCACAUCAGCGGCGGGGGAUUCGGCACGCUGAUGCGCAGGUACGGCCUCGCCGCGGACAACGUCCUCGACGCCGUCCUCGUGGACGCCGACGGCCGGCUCCUGAACAGGACCACCAUGGGGGAGGGCCUCUUCUGGGCAAUCAGGGGCGGCGGCGGCGAGAGCUUCGGCGUCGUGCUGUCCUGGAAGCUGCGGCUGGUCCGCGUCCCGGAGACGGUCACCGUGUUCACCAUCCGCCGCCCGAGAAACCAAUCCGCCACCGACCUCAUCACCAAAUGGCAAGAGAUCUCCCCCUCACUGCCCCGAGACGUCAUCCUCCGCGUCGUCGUGCAGAGCCAGCACGCGCAGUUCGAGUCCCUGUUCCUCGGCCGGUGCCGCCGCCUCGCCCGCCUCAUGCGAGCUCGCUUCCCGGAGCUCGGGAUGACGCAGUCCGACUGCGAGGAGAUCACCUGGAUCCAAUCCACCGUCUACUUCGCCUUCUACUCCAGCUCCAAGCCACUGGAGCUCCUCCUGGACAGGGGCACCGAGCCGGACAGAUACUUCAAGGCCAAAUCCGACUACGUCCAAGAACCCAUCCCACGCCACGCCUGGGAGAGCACAUGGCCAUGGCUGGAGGAGCACGACGCCGGGCUGCUCAUCCUCGACCCCUACGGCGGCGAGAUGGCCCGCGUCUCGCCGGCGGCGACGCCGUUCCCGCACCGGAAGGGCAACCUGUACAACCUCCAGUACUACUCGUUCUGGUUCGAGCACGGAGCAGAGACAUUGGAGAGGCAUCUGAGCUGGGUCAGGGGGCUGUAUGGCGAGAUGGAGCCGUACGUGUCCAAGAACCCAAGAACUGGGUAUGUCAACUACAGGGACAUGGAUCUUGGGAGGAAUGAGAUCGAGGGGAAUGUGACGAGCUACACGAAGGGUAAGGUUUGGGGGGAGAAGUAUUUCAGGGGCAAUUUCGAGAGGUUGGCGGCGGUGAAGGCCAUGGUUGAUCCUGAUGAUUUCUUCAGGAAUGAGCAGAGUAUUCCUCCUCUUCCUGCUGCAAAGGGGUGGAGCUCCAUUUAACUGGAGUAUUGUUUCUUUGCUUGAGAAAUUUUUGGUAAUGUGUGUGUUUCGUUCUUGGGAAAUUUAUUUCUUAGUGGUACAAGUGAUGAUGCAAUUGAGAUGGGAUACUUUGCAGACCAAAGAGUCGUUUGGUGGUAUAAGUUUCACGGAUAGUAAUAUGUAUUAGGUUGCAUGCACUAGCCAGUUACACCUAAAAGCCUAAACUGAUAAGAAAAGACGGGCAAUUCACUUUAUACACUCCAACACUCCCCCUCACGCGAGACCCCCUCAAGUCUCAAGCGUGGAAUAUUGGAGUGGGCUGCAAUUAUUUUAUUUAAUUGCGGCGCCAGCUAGGAUUCGAACUCGAGACCUCUGGCUCUGAUACCAUAUUAAGUUGCAUGCACUAGCCAAUUACACCUAAAAGCCUAAGGUGACAGAGAAAGACGGGCAAUUCACUUUAUACACUCCAACAGUAUGUACCAGAGGUCUAGAGCUAUGAAGAUAUGUUUGUUAAGUGGAUUACAAAACUGGAGAAGAAUUCCUCAUAUCUUGCGUAGGAAGAAGUAUCUGAAUCAAAGAGGUUCUUUUUCAGAGGUCAUCUGUUGGUGGCUUGCUGUUCUAGAAAGAGUUACAUACUUGCAUGAAAUCAAAUCUUGGUGAGAGAGAUUUUUGUGAGAGGAAAAAAAGAAGUUAAUAUGGAACUAGUACAUCCUUGAUCCUUCUGGGGAGAUGUUUGGUGAGGAUUUUGUUCCCAUCAUUAUAUAAGUCACAAGAUGAAGAGGCAAUAGAUAUGCUAUGUGCAAGAAUUAUAAGGUGGAGCUUACUGGGAAGAGUUCAGAAGAAAUUUCACUGAAGCUGAUGCGAUAUUUUUUGUGAAAUCAAUCAAUGGUUAUGCUUCUGGGAGGUGAUUAUGAAUCAUGCAUGAUCCAGAUGAACUGGUAUGGCCAAUUGAAAUUACUCCUAGAUCAUUAUAUAGAAGGAUUACUUUUGGAGAGUAAUUGGUAGGAGAAUCGGAGUUAUUUGUACAAGUAAGAGCAUCUCACACAAGGUCCCUAAAUACAGACCCUAGAUCUCUAAAGAUAAAACUUUUUUUUGUUUAUGGUAGAUAGAGAUAGUUUACCUUGCGCAGUUCACUUAGUUGUGGAAAUUAGGAUGGUUUUGGAGUAUGUCAAAAGAAGGAAACAAUUGGUCGUAUCUUGUUUCAGUUCCCUGUAGCUUAUUAUAGAAUGUUGGUGAGUUGGAUUGAUA